AUGGUUCGCCCACAUCCCCCGAGCUCGCUGUCAGAGGCACAGUGCCUUCAUCAAGGGAAGGCGCUGGAUUACCUGUGCACAUGCGAGCUUCCAACAUAUGAGGACGGAGUGGCUUGGACAGUCACCAGCUGGGAUGAAGGAGAGCGAGCUGUCGCCAGCCUGGCCAGCAACAUCAAGCCCAGUCUCCUCGUGGUGCUGUCCACCAGCCUGGUCAGCAACAUCAAGCCCAGUCGCCUCGUGGUGCUGUCCACCCACACCCGCCCCAUCCCGGGGCUGGGGGAUCUGCUGUACCGCCUCGCCUACCACCACACCGGCGACAUCAGCCUGCUGCCCCUGGACUCUUUCUGGAGGCCGACAGGACAGUCGGAUGAAGGCAUGGUCAUCGUCAAAUUUAGUGACCGCCUAGAUGCCCUGUACUGCUCUCCUGGCCAAGUCGUCGACUACUUCAGCAAGCGACAUUCCGCCGGAAUGCAGAGUGGCAGUUUCACGGCUCCCAAACUCCAAACAAGGGUAACUAAAGAGGGGACUGGCAAGAUCGGUGUACGUUUUGACAACGACUGCGACGUCGGGGCUUUCAAAGCUUUACCAAAGCAAAUAGACGAUGCUUGUUGUGUACGAGGAAUGCCUCGCACCGUCAGCUCACAAUUGUUGAAGAACGGUUGUAGCGUCACCCGCUGGCACUUCCCAGACCUCUGCGACGACGACUUGGACUGGAUGAUCUCCAUCCUGUACCGAUUCAGGGGUACUCGGCUGAGUCUGGUCUUACCGAGAAAUGGCCUCACCGCUACGGGCGCUCGUCGGCUGUUCGCGACGCUCCCCGACAUCCAUGAGGUAUACCACGACCCUGGCGCGUCGCCCCUGACAUCAGAUGGCAAUAGCGGUGCACCUGAUCUCACCUUCAUCGAGUUGUCAAUGAACAACAUCAUUCAAUGGAUGUAAAAUGCUGUGGCGUGGUAGUAGGUAUGUCAAGGCAGGAAUCUAACACAGUUUAUAUGACGCAUUUAUUUUCUCAAUAUUCUCUUUGAGUAUUGAAGGCUUGAAGGGAGGAAUAUUGAUGAAAGAAGCGAAGGGUUUUCCAAAUGGGAGUGACCAGGCAGAAAUGUGUUGAAUCAGCGUGAGUUAAAGCAGUUUUUAUUGAUGAUA